UUUCACUUGUCCUAUACAGACAAGGAACGCUAUGAAAAUGAAGAGAGGCCUGAGGUCCAGAAGCAGAUGCUUGUUGAUAUGGCCAAGAAGCUACCAGUUUACACAAGAACCGGGAGUGGAGCUGUACGAUUCUGUGACCGGUGCCAUCUGAUCAAGCCAGACCGCUGCCACCACUGCUCUGUCUGUGCCAUGUGUGUAUUAAAAAUGGACCAUCACUGCCCUUGGGUUAAUAACUGCAUUGGAUUUUCCAACUACAAAUUCUUCCUCCAGUUCUUAGCUUAUUCUGUUCUCUACUGCCUAUAUAUUGCUACAACAGUCUUCAGCUAUUUCAUCAAAUACUGGAGAGGGGAAUUGCCCAGUGUUCGCUCUAAGUUCCAUGUCCUUUUCCUCCUCUUUGUGGCCUGCAUGUUUUUUGUCAGCCUUGUGAUUCUCUUUGGUUACCAUUGUUGGCUUGUCAGCAGAAACAAAACUACCUUAGAGGCCUUCUGCACUCCAGUGUUUACAAGUGGCCCAGAGAAAAAUGGGUUCAACCUUGGCUUCAUCAAGAAUAUCCAGCAGGUGUUUGGAGAUAACAAGAAGUUCUGGUUAAUACCUAUUGGGUCCAGCCCUGGUGAUGGACACUCCUUCCCUAUGAGGUCUAUGAAUGAGUCACAGAACCCACUGCUAGCAAAUGAAGAACCCUGGGAAGAUAAUGAGGAUGACAUCCGAGAUUAUCCAGAAUGCUCAUCAUCUCUUGCUGUGGAAACAGAAACGUAGCAGCUUUCACAUUUCCUGCAUGUCUCAGGACCCACCAUUUCCCAUGAAGCUUAGAAAGUUCAAUGUUGGGAACCAUUCUAACCUUCAAAAUAAGCCACCAUGUUGGAUUAAAAGCUUCACAAUUGAAAACAUCCCAUCAAAUACUUGCUGUGCAGAUGUUUCAGGAUUUUACAAGUUACUUAAUUUACUGACUGAACUCCAAUUUGGUAGCAAUUA